CGGCGCGGUAUAUUUUCGCCGGUGAGGAGGGGAUGGGAGCCAUAACCUGUACGCGUACCUGCGAUUUCGAUUUUCAAAAUGGCGUGCCAAGUGUGAGAGACAAGGCAUGGACUCGCCGUCGUCGUCGCGACAUCCUGUUAUCCUGUUGUUGAUUGUUGAGUCGCGAGCACGCGUACGGUGCCGCUCGCAUCAAGUUGCCCUCGUGGAGGAGUAAUUAUGUCAUCGCUCGCGCGCACGGCGUAGGACGUAGGAAAAUCUUCCACACAUUUUUCUUUUUCUUCUUUUUUCCCUUUUCGUUUUCGCUUCUUGAUGGAAAUCCCGAUGGAAAUCUCGAUGGAAAUCUUCUUAACGGCGUUUUCCGUGAUAUUCAGUUUAUUAAUAGUGUUCCUCCUUGUUGUGAUAGGUUGGUAUUUAGUUUGGACGUUCUUCCUAUCACGGUUUCGCUUUGUGAGAGAGUUAACGGGAAAUGGAAUGAGUGAAUCGUCGUCGGUUAAUGAUUUGAAGAAUGGUCGUGCACGCAUAAAGAAACUUCGUCGUGACUAAAUAUUGGACAAUAUAUUGAAGCUAUCGUUUAUGAUAUAAUUGAUAAUACCAACGCAACGGUUUUGUAUAAAGUAAAAUUAAUCUUGGAUACCUC